AUGGAAGCCAACAGGAUCCACUCCCAUCCCGAGAGGCAAAAUGGAGCCGCACCUCCUCCCCGCCCUCAUCUCGGCCAGCCUCUGCCGCCGCCGUCGUCUAUCGCGCCGCCACCUGUGGCCAGCUCAUUACAGCCGUGGGUUCAACCACCGAACGCCGAUGCUGAUGCUCCUAGUCCAUCCUUCCCCGCAUCAGGAAUAGCUGGGACCAGCAGUGCUCAGAACGGAGCGGGCUCGUCCAUGCAUGAUGCGGUGUACCCUCCGCAGAUCAUCCCGAACAGGACGUGGACGCCGGGGCGGACACGAACAGACCCGGUGCUGGGAUUGUUGGAGCAGCCGCGGUAUCUGCCUGCGGAGCUCGAUUCGCGUGUGGACCCCUCCACAGUGUGGAUGAAGGUCGCCCCAUCCACAGUCGUGUUCUUCAUCCCCGGCGCAUGUGCUGCUUGCAUGAAGGCAGCUCAGCACUGUGAUCGGUCCUACCCCUGUGCCAGAUGUCGGGACAGUGGAGCGGAGUGCAACCAGGCGGAGCUCAGGCAUCUGAUGCCAACUGCACCCGUCACGCGCAAGCCGGAGAUGAUCGCGCGAGCCCUUUCCAGCAGCGAUAAGGGAAAAGGGAAGGCCAAGGCGCCGCCGCCCAGCAGCGACAGCGAGGAAGACGAGUCGGAUGCUGCCGCGGCAGUCGAUGGUGGUCGCGGCAAGCGGGUCAAGAAGAAGCGUCGUCUGUCGGCAUCAGACGAGGUCGACCCCAGCUUGCUCAACUUUGACGGAACGGGCUUCCGGAAACCCCGUGCGCGCGUCCAGAAGACCGGCCUACCCGGUGCAAACAUGGAGUUCGCGCGGCCAGAAGACGUCCCGCCAUCCAAGGCUGACGCGGCGCACUUUGCUGCCGUGGAGCGGAACAAUGGGCGCCCCGAGCUGCACGACAUGCGCGGCUUUGCGCCCGUGUGGGCGGACAGGCGGAGGGCGCUCGCUUCGGCCGUCGAGGCGUUCCGUGCACCGCAAACGACCCCGGGUGCCAGCGUGUCCAUAGGCCCUAGUGGGAUAGCUCGAGGUGUCGUCCUCGAGGGGCAACCGCCGCUGGAAAUGCGGACGUACUGGGGCACAGGCGAGCGCAUCGGCACCAUUAUUACGUCCAUGCAACUGAGGCCAGUGGCCCCGGCUGACGACGGUAACGACGGCGUCACCGCACUGCCUGACAACAUCUCGGACGCUUACAACGACGCCAUGACCCGGACAGCGGAUCAGGGUCGUCACCUGAGCAACGGCACGAAUGGAGUCGGGAUCGACAAGCCUACGAUGCUGUCCGCGCCGAUCCAGAACCCCGAGGCGCCAGUCAUUGAGGCCCUCCUCAUGGCUCAGCGGGCGCAGACACCUGUCGCGGUGGCGGUCGCGGACGAUUUCGCGGAGGUACCGUUCAAGGUUCCCCGUGCGGUGGUGACACUCGGCUGGUUCUGGAUUGUGGAGGCGUGGGUCGAGCCAGUCGAGGCCGAUGAUGCUGUCGGGUGGGUCUUCCGCUUCGAGUGGUGCACUGGCGAGCAGCCGCAGCCGUGGUGGGCGGCCAAGGACGACCCGGAGCGCUCUGUCGAGACGCCCGUGUUUGAUGAGGAGACGACCAAUGCGACGCCCGCAUGGCCAGUGAAGGGCCGCAAUGUGCAUGGCUCGACCACGAUGCGCGGCGCGCAGCACCCGCGGCCACCGACCACCGCUGCCGAUGGCACGAAGGACCCUGAGCCUGUGCAGUGCGACAGCUGCAAGCGCUACUCGGAGCGCGUGUACCGCGAUCUGGACAUUUGCCUGAACGAGGCAUGCGUUAACGUCGGAUGCCCCGUGACACCUCCUCCUGCCGGACUCUCCGUUAAGAACUAUCCCGGCUUGAUCCGCGCCGCGGCACGCAUAUUGCCCGAGCAGCUCGGACUGACGUUCAUGCCGCCAGACCCGCUGCAGCAAUUCGCAGAUGUGACGCGGUGGGAUGCUGGGCGCGACUUCUGGCGCUCGUGGGUGUGCAAGCGGUGCCGUCUGGCGAACGAGCGACACGAUUGGUUUGGUUUCCUGUGCCAGGCGUGCUCGCAUCUGGACAUGCCGAAGCGGCGGAUAUACGGCGCCGAGGCGCUGCGCACCGCUACGCCUUGCACGGGGCCACGCCCCGACGUUGGCAACCCCGACUGGCCCUUCCAGGCUGAGACGACGACGACCGUCUUCCCAGACCAUGUCAAGCUGGUGCAGCACAAACUCGAUGGAUUUGGCGCCGGCACUGUGGCGUCACACCUGCUCAACUCGGACGGGGCCGAGGGUUACAAGAUCGUGACUGCUGUACUGGAGGGAUUACAGCUGCAGGGCGAGGACGAGGUGCCUCUUGCUCGUCACAUGCUACCUGCAACGUCAGCUCGACCCGACCUGCUCGCCCUGUCGCCUUUCUACACCCUGGCCGUGGGCGCCACAGCUCCCGACCUGGCACACUUCCCCUCCGCGCCCUCGAUCCCGUGGCCGAAAGCUCCCCGCGUCACGCUCGACAUCAUGGAGAUUCUGAACGAGCGAUCUGGCCGCGUCUACGCAGGCGCAGAGGAGUUCAACUCUUUGCUCGUUGCCGCUUUGCCGCCGGCGCCCAGCGUGGUCGUGCAUCCGAAGUUCCCCCUGCCGCCAAACAGCACGACUGCCCUGCUCAUCCUCGGCUCGAGCGUGUGCAUCAAGCUGCGCCGGGGCAAGAUGCGCGCCGGCGACAUGACAGCGCAGCACGGCGAUGUCGUCCUGGUGCGCACGGGGGCUGAGACGCUCGAAGUAGAGGCAAAGAGCGACGGCUUUGCGUUCCUCUGCAUUGCGCGGCGCGGCGUACCCCCUCCGACCACCCCAGGGGGGGCAGGGAGCUGGUACGUCGGCUGUCGUCCCCUGGACAUUACGCGGCCGAUGCGCGUUGAGCCGCCGCUGCGCCGAGACGAGCCCACGGCCACGGAGGAAAAGGAGGAAAAGGACGAGACGGACAUGGACGUGAUGCUCGACCCGCCCACAUUUAGGGGCCAGGAGGUCGUCCCGCCCUCAACCUCGAGCGAGGAGUUCACGGUGCAGAAGCCGCCGUCGAGCGGCCCUCUUCCCGCUAAAUUCAAGGUCACGGCCCGCUCCAAGGCGCCCGCUAAGAAGGGCAAGGCGCCGCCGCUGGCGAAAGCGAAGGGACGCGCUACGUCUAACUCGACCCGUGCGGGCAAGAGUGCGUCGGCGGCCACGCCGCCGGUCAGUAAGCGCAGCAGCCGCAGUCGGCAGAGUAGGGGCAGCGCGAGAGCGAGUCGAAGCGCGAGCGCCGCUGGCGCCACGGGCCUGGAGGGCGCCGAGGAGGCCAAGUCUGAGCCCGAGCCCGAGGAGUAG